AUGCUGUGCUGGCUGAGAGAAGACGAGAUGUCGGUCCAGGAGCUGCUACAGAGGGUGCAGUGUGUCAUCACUCAUGUCGAUGAGAUCAUGCAGCAGGAGAUCAGGCCCCUGCUGGCUGUGGACAUCAUAGAACAGCUUCAUCGCCAGUUUGCCUUGCUCUCAGGAGGGCGAGGGAAAGAUGGCGCCCCUAUCAUCAUCUUCCCAGAGUACUCAGGCUUCAGCGAAGUGCCAGAGGAAGACUUCCUCAAUGUUGCUACUUACCUGACCAGCAUACCCAGCCUGGAUGCUGCCAGUAUCGGCUUCAUUAUCAUCAUCGACCGGCGGAAGGACAAAUGGAGCUCAGUGAAAGCCUCUCUGUCCAGGAUCGCUGGGGCGUUUCCAGGAAACCUGCAGCUGGUGUUGGUGCUGAGGCCGUCCAGGUUCUUCCAGAGGGCAAUAGCCGACAUCGGGAUCAAGCUGCACAAAGAUGACUUUAAAAUGAAGGUACCGAUUGUGAUGUUGAACUCUCUAUCGGACCUGCACUGCUACGUGGAUAAAGGCCAGCUGACGCGGGAGCUGGGAGGAAGCCUGGAGUACUGUCACAGUCAAUGGAUACACCACCGAACUGCCAUCGAGAACUUUGCUAUGACAGUGAAAAGCACAGCCCAGAUGUUACAGAAGUUUGGCACAGACCUGGCAGAGACGGAGCUGCCAAAUGACGUCCAGUGCACCAAAGACCUGCUCAUAGCACACACCGACAAACACGAUAACCUCAAGGAUGAGCUGAAGCUGGCACUGAAGCAGGGCACCACCUUGUUAGGAUGUAUCAAGGAGCAGGCAGCCAAAUCAGAGAACCACAAACUCAACCCAGAUGAAAAGGAGAACCAAACCACUGUAGAAAGGCUCCUGGCCCAACUGGAUGAGACAGAAAAUGCCUUUGAACAGUUCUGGUGUAAACAUCAUCUGAAACUGGAGCAGUGCCUGCAGCUACGCCACUUUGAACAGGACUUCAGAGAGGUCAAAGUGUCUCUGGACAGUUUGAUGGACAGUCUGACCAGCCUAUCAGAUAUAGGGGAUUGUGUGGUCAGAGUGGAACACCUGCUGAAGGAACUGAAAGCACUGGAGGAGAAGGCUCUGCCCACACUGGAGAAAGCCCAGCUCCACGCACUGCACGGUGACCAGCUGAUUCAAAGCAACCACUACGCUGUGGACUCUAUUCGACCCAAAUGUGUGGAACUCCGGCGGGUCUGUGACGACUUCAGCAACGAAUCCAAGAAAAAGACGGAUGUCUUAUCCAAAUCUCUGCAGAUACACAUGGGGAUUGAUAAGGUGAACCAGUGGUGUGAGUCUGGUAUCUACUUGCUGGCCUCUCAGGCUGUGGACAAGUGUCAGUCACAGGAAGGAGCAGAGUCAGCACUGACGGACAUCGAUCACUUUCUGGAGUCGGCAGAAAAGAACCAGCUGACAGACCUGAGGAAUCUCCACAACCUGUAUGACGUUGUCCUGUCCGAGGACAUCAAGGCUAAUGUCCUAAAGGCACUGAAGCGGCUGGAGGACGUCCAGGAGAUGUUUCAGAAGCGACAUGUCAGUUUGAAGAGGCUAUCGGCUAAACAGACUAGGCCUGUCCAGCCUGUGGCCCCGCGACCUGAGUCCUCUCCCAAACGGCCCUCAUUGAAGAACCCCCCCAGAGCUACAGGGGGCCAGCAGCCUUUGGCUCGCAGAGCUUCUGAUAACUCCAACAGUGGCAAGCAGCCAGCUGAAGCUGAUCCCAGCAAGAAGAAGAACAUACGCAAGGCCAAAGGAGGCAUCAAGAUUGAAGUGAUGCAUGAGGAAAGCCAAGGUGGCUCCACCCAUGUGGUUGUGACCAAUGAGACGGAGGAGAGCCUGUCCAAUAGACGCAGACACAUAAUGACUGAGCUGAUUGAAACAGAGAGGCUAUAUGUGGAGGAGCUGCAAAGCAUCAUGGAGGGUUAUUUUGCAGAGCUGGAUAACUCCGAGCUCAGCCACCUCAUCCCACCGUCUCUGGAGAACAAAAGGGAUGUGUUGUUUGGCAAUCUGCCGGAGAUCUAUGAAUUUCACAACAGGACAUUUCUGCAUGAGCUGGAGGACUGUGCAGAGAAACCAGAACUGGUGGGAACCUGUUUUCUGAAGAGGAAAGAAGAGCUUCAGGUGUAUGAGAAGUACUGUCAGAAUAAACCCCGCUCUGAGGUCCUGUGGAGACAGUGUGGAGACAGCCUCUUCUUCCAGGAAUGUCAGAAGAAACUGGACCACAAACUGUCCCUGGAUGCGUACUUGCUCAAACCUGUCCAGAGGAUCACCAAAUACCAACUCAUGCUCAAGGAGAUGUUGAAGUGCAGUAAGGGGGAGUGGACGGUUGAGUUGGAGGAGGCUUUGACCACGAUGCUGGACAUCAUCAAGUCUGUCAACGACUCCAUGCACCAGAUAGCCAUCACUGGCUUUGAGGGAAACCUGAGUGAACUCGGGAAGCUGUUGAUGCAGGGAUCCUUUAAUGUGUGGACUGAUCACAAGAAAGGCCACAGCAAGGUGAAGGACCUGGCCAGGUUUAAGCCCAUGCAGAGACACCUGUUCCUGUAUGACAAGAUGAUGCUGUUCUGUAAGAAACGAGAGGAGACCACAGACGGACAUGAGAAGACCCCGUCCUACAGCUUCAAACACUCACUUAAGAUGAGUGCUGUAGGGAUCACAGAGAACGUCAAAGGGGACAUUAAGAAGUUUGAGGUGUGGUACAAUGGCAGAGAGGAGGUGUACAUCAUCCAGGCUCCCUCCAUGGAUGUGAAAAAUAUGUGGGUGUCAGAGAUUCGGAAAGUUCUUACAGGCCAGCUAGAGGCGUGCAGAGAAGCCAGCCAGCAUAACAUCUACGGCGCCCCCAUGAGGAAUGUGCGUAAGAUGGCACUGAGGCAGUCCGACUCAUCGAGUCCAGAGUCAGGCUUCAGGAGGACCAACCCCAGCCCCAACAUGAGGCAGAAGAGAGCUGAUGCUUCAGCCAGCCAAUCAAGCCACUCGGCUGCUAACGCUAGGAAACGCUUCACCUUGCAGGGACUUUCCAACAGGAGGUCUCUUCCAGCAGAGCCUGCUGCUAAGGAGGCAGAGGUCACCCGCCGUUUCUCUCUCACCUCCUCUCUCGCCUCCUCUUCCUCCUCUUCUUUUGCCGCACGGCGCACUAAAGGUGCCCUGUCUGCUAGCAUAAAGAGCAAGAGACAUGAGAUAAAGAGUGAUCCCACUCCAUUGGGUUAUGAAGAUACUUUGCGUGGUGCUAUGGCUGCAGUCAAGAAACGGCAGAGUAUGACCAGCAGCACCGCACCUGCUGCUGGCAACACCUCCGCUGUGCCAAGAUCCACCUCCCAACCAGGCUGGGCCUCACGGCAUCUUCCCUCCAUGGAAACAGAUGACUUUGAGACCAUCCCAUCCAGCGCAGAGGAGUCCUCCAACUCCUCAGAAGAGGAAGGCAACAACAAAAAUGGUGACAGCGGUCGUUACCGGGUGCAGCUGACCUACGAGUCUCGUGAGGCGCAAGACCUCUCUCUGGAGACGGGUGACCUUGUGCAGUUUCUGGAGGAGGCAGAGAGCGGACACUGGCUAGUCAAGAACCUUUUAACAGACGAGACGGGGCUGGUCCCGUCCACUAUACUGCAAACAGCAUCUGAAGGAGAUAUCUUCAGUGAUCUGUGUACAGCAGCACUCUCUGACUCCGACGACAAUGAAGCCAGUACGUGGGGAGAUGUGUCUCAGGAUAGCAGAUAAACAUAGCUGACUAUUGUAGUUUCAUUACAUUGGACUACAAACAUGUUUGUUGGAUCACAAACAUUUUUUUUCAACUGUAAUUUCUGAAGCUGGACUUUGAAUAUCAAGUUUUUCUACUUGUAGUUCUUCAUGUUGGACUGCGAACAUGGCCUGCUAUUGUUUUUCAACUGUACUUUUUCAUGCCUCUGGAAAAAGCUGGAACCUUAACAUGCCUGAAUGCCACAGUGGGAAAGCCAUAUUAGACUUUUUAUUCAAGGAAGUAUCUGCUGCCGUCUGUGGAGAACUGAAGACUGCACGAAUGUGGACAACGAACUUUUAAGUUGGAUGAAUUCAGACUGUAAUGCAGAAUGUCCAGUUCCCAAUGGGCUGGGCUGAAUCCCUGAAAAUUCAAAUCCCAUUUCUGACUUUGAUAAUCUUAGCGCAAGUUAUUCGUUCCAUGUGCUGGUUGUGAGCACGCCUUGGCAAGGUGCCCUGUUUUGCAGCUACACUGCUCUGGAGCAAAACUUUCUUAGACCAGAUUCUGCCCCUGCUUCAGCAGCUUCGACUUUUCAGGCACUCACAGCUGCUGCAGUCUCCACAAGAACCUACACUUUGUCUUUUUUGCCUUUCUUCUCCCUGGUAGAGCUCUCACGUAACAUCAUCACAUUGCAUUAGAUAUAUUAUCUCAACUUGCCCUUUCUCACACUCAGUAGACUCGCAAAUAAUCGGUAUAAAUUGCUACAGAUAUAUCCUUUUUAUAUUUGAAUUUAUACACCAGUCGUUCUUCUCUGUGCAUCCAAGGAGAAAAUAAAUACUUAUUUUAAAUAUUGUUUAAUCUAUCUGUGGAGAACUGUCAUACUGCUGUCAUACUGGGGAUCAAUGAACACUCAUAAAGUUGGGUCAGUAAUGCCCCUUUUGGCACACAGAACCAUGACAUGUACUCAGAAAGGUUAACAUUUAGUGGUCAAAUGGAACAGCUUUUUGCAGAUCCAGAUGUGGUUCUCUCCUAUAAUGCAUUAACAUAUUCAUGUAUAGCAAACAUAACAACAAUGUAGGUGAUUUUGGAAUAUAAAUUUAUCUAUUAAUUUUCACUUGGGGGCAUGAGCUGACUUAUACAUUUUAAAUGGCUCACAUGUCAGAAACCUAUUUACACACUGGUCAGACAUGAAGUUACAUUGGAACUGAUUCAGAGUCAUCCAGUUCAUGGUAUUUCUGAGUGCUAUAUCAUAAGAAAGUAGACUUGCUUGAGUUUCUUGAAGACAUUUCAAGUCUCAUUUCAGAGGCUUCUUCUACUGACUGACUUGUCAAGAGUCGCAGGCUUUAAAACCUGUGUGGGUGUGAACCCUUAUAGAGUCAUUAAGGUUUCAUGUGAACUUAACGACUCUGUAAUAUCACUUCCCCACCAAAAUUAUAGAGCGCACAUGGGUUUUUCCAAACACAGGUAAACCAGUUAAAUAUAAGCUAUAGACUGCUUUUUCCAUUGCCGGUAGAGCAGAGCUGUGUAUGCUACUCAGCAGCAGACAAGUGUGCCUUUUGUGUGUGCAGGGUUUGGUUUGGUGUGUCUGUUUGACAUCACAGAGGAACAGGUAAACAGUAGAAAGCAACAUGGACAAGAUCUGUGAAAACUUUAUGGUGGUUACUUAUUAGCAGAUAAGCUCCCAAAAUUGUGAAAAUUCUGCACUUUUUGAGAAAAGCAUGAAAUUUCUAACAUAGUUAGGGCAUACCAAAAUAUUUUCAGGUGUGGAGGGAAGACAGAUUUGACCUCUGGGGACCAUGAGAGGUCUACGGUUAACUGUUACAUAGGCCCAAGUACAGCAAUUUAUUUAUUAUUUACUGACAUAUGACAUAUAUCACUGUUAAU